UUUGGUUGCGAUAUUGACUUUGAUUUUUUUUUUUGUCUUCGGUCUCUUUUCCCUCCUCCUUUUUUUUCCCCGAUGAACCUCUCUUCUCGAUUUGCACUUUGCAUGAAAAAGACCAGAGGAAAGACACCAUGAAGUGUUAAAAUAACAAAACAAAAGCAAAAAAAAUUUUUUUUACUUGCAACAACAACAGCUAACAGUACCAGCUGCAGUUUGCAAGCUGCAAAAGAGAGAGAGAGACGAGCGAGAGAGAGAGAGAAGGGAGGAAAAAAAAAAACACCCUUCAUGCAAAAGGCGAAUAGAAAGAGCCACUCGCUCUGAUGCAUCAUCAGCACCGUAGACUCUGCAAAGGAUAAUAAGGAGCGAGAGAAAAAGCCGCCGGUGCAAAUCGGAGCGGAGGUUGCGAGGGGCUGGCGGAGCGAGGGAGAGGCAGGACACAGAGCAGGAGACCAGAUACCGCAAAAAAUCAAGCUGGCUCACCCGGUGGCAACUCAGAGCAGUCCCCUCGCUGCCGGAGUGCACCCUUUCUGGAGGACUGUCAGCAGCAAAAGGAUGGCAUCAGAACUGGCAAUGAGCAACUCCGACCUGCCCACCAGUCCCCUGGCCAUGGAAUAUGUUAAUGACUUCGAUCUGAUGAAGUUUGAAGUGAAAAAGGAGCCGGUGGAGACCGAUCGCAUUAUCAGCCAGUGCGGCCGCUUGAUCGCCGGGGGCUCGCUCUCCUCCACGCCGAUGAGCACGCCCUGCAGCUCGGUGCCCCCGUCCCCCAGCUUCUCGGCGCCCAGCCCCGGCUCCGGCACCGACCAGAAGACCCACCUGGUGACCAUGUCGGUGCGGGAGCUGAACCGGCAGCUGCGGGGCGUCAGCAAGGAGGAGGUGAUCCGCCUCAAGCAGAAGAGGAGGACCCUCAAAAACAGGGGCUAUGCCCAGUCCUGCCGCUUCAAGAGGGUCCAGCAGCGGCACGUCCUCGAGUCGGAGAAGAACCAGCUGCUGCAGCAAGUGGAGCACCUAAAGCAGGAGAUCUCCAGGCUGGUCCGGGAGAGGGACGCCUACAAGGAAAAGUACGAGAAGCUGGUCAGCAAUGGCUUCAGAGAAAACGGAUCCAGCAGCGACAACCCUUCCUCUCCAGAGUUUUUCAUGUACCCGAGAGAAUCCUCUACAACGGUGAUGUGAAAAUCCCUGUUACCUGAGGUCAAAAAAAAAAAGUCUCCCAGGAGAUCUGGAGUGGUGACACCUGGACCCAGAGGAGAUCACACUGCUUAUAAAUCUGUACCAUGAGGAGGCCAAAAGUUUCUUCAGCAGCAGGAGGUAACCCAGGACUGCUGACAGGUAUGAGGACCAGAGAGCAAUGCCACGUACAUCAAGAAGAUGAAGGUGCUGUUCUUGAAGACGGAGACUUUGGGGCAGCAUGGCAGUCCUGUAUGAAAAGCUGGAAGAGAUCUGCGGGUGGGAACACACCACCAAGCCAGCUGCUUACUUGGUUUAGUCCAUGGACCUCUGAGGUCUGCACACCAGAGACUGAAAGCUUUUGACUGACCCUAAAUUUCCUUUCUGACUGUGGACUUUUGAUGUGAUAGGAGUGGCAUGAAAAGUUCAAUAUAUCUGCUUUGCCAUAACUUUUUUCAACCUGCUAACUAUCCCAGGACUACUUUCAGUUAAAAUUACUGGGACUUAAUUACAUGAGACUUAAUUCCAGUUGCUUGGUCAGCUUUAAAAACAUAUAUUAAAAUGUGAACCACAAGCACAGCAUUUUGGGAGCCUCUUUGUCCUCUCACUUUACGUUGAUGAAAGCAAAGAAACUGCCUAUGAUUCUCCACUUUAUUAUAUCUAUUCCAAGUCCAUCUCACUUCUGGAGAGACAGUUCCCAGAGUCUCAUCAGUUUAAGGGGGGCACAAACUACCCCUUAUUUUAAGGCUUAUGUUUUUGCAACAGUGUAAACAAUAUAUGUUAGCCUUCUGCUUACACAUUUUUUGUGAAUAAAAUUUAUUGAGGCCGGAGAUGCUGAUGUAAAAUCAGCUACACUGAUUUUACACUGGAUAAGAAUUUGUACUGAAAUUUUACCUAGAAGUGUGGAUUUGGAUGCUUCUUGCAGUGCUUAAUUGCAACAAAAAAGAAUGGGAUGGGAGAACCAAAGGAGGGGCAUGGGGAAAGGAAGAAAGAGAAGGUAAAAGGACACAGAAGGGAAAUGGUAGAGUUGAAGAAUAAUACUGGUUAUCAGAGCAUUAUCUGAGAAUUCUUAUGAUUAGGGUUUAUUUUCUGUCUGACCUCUCUAUUUUGUUAUAAUCUGCUGCUCAGGUGAUCAAUAAUAAAUGGCCU